ACCACCUAGAAGACUUAAGGCCCCCUCGCCGCCUCCUCGCCCAAGCGCCUACGUCACCAAGCUCAGAUCAUCGCUCGGAUGGCUGGGGCAACGCCACCUGUUGGCUGGGACCGACGGCGCGACAGCCCAGUCAGCCUCGCCAACGUCUGCGUCACGUGAACAAGCAGGCUGACAAGUCCGGACAAGAACAGCUACAGAUGGCUCGUAGUGACAUCCGCAGUGACUGACUAGAACCAAAAUAACUCAUUCUUUUUUUAGUUUUUGCAGUGAUUCGGGCUCAAACAUUGCCAAAAGUUGCAGAAUUUAACUACUCUGUUUCAAUUAGCCAACUGUAUUCUGAAAAAAUGGCACGCCGAAUUGGUAAAACAUUAUUAAGCAGCCGCAUUACCAUGCGUCUCCGUCGAAUUUCGUUUCACCUAUGCUGACCACAAUGAUCCAAGUUGCUCGUUGGAGCAGUUGGGGUCGUCCUCUCGCUUGCAUUCGGAUGUCGUUGGUUGGCUUGCGCGCGUGCAUGUGCUUUGUUUACUCCUGCAAGAUGUAUAUUUCCGAUUCCUCGCUGUGGUUGUGCGUGUGAACGAAGUGCAGAAAUGCCCGGCUGCUGUAGCGCUCCGAACUGCAGGUCGAACUACGCAGGACAGCCAAACGUGCGCGUGCACGUGUUUCCAAACGACCCGGUGCGGCGGGCGGCAUGGACAAGAGCGGUUCCCCGAAAGGAUUUUGCGCCUACAAAGAACACAGUGCUCUGCGAGAAGCAUUUCGUGUCCAGCGACUACGUGAAAACGUCAAAGUACACUGAUGUGAAGACGGGGAAGACUAUUGAAGUGCCACUGAAAGUCUUCCGGCUGAAGCCUGAUGCGGUACCAAGUGUGUUCCCGAAUUGUCCUCAAUACCUCUCUCGUCAAAAUGCGUGUACUCGGGAGGCACCAGAGGAGAAACGAAAACGUUUUGAGGACGAAUCACUCCGCAUUGCCAUUGAAAAAUCUCUGGAAGAAAAGCAACAACAAGACAAGCAGAACAAAGUUACAAGCUUUUCAGAAUUUCUUCGUGCUCUGCCAAGCUUUAACACCUCACCGUUUUGGUCUGUGGUCAGCAUGGACUCAAAGGUUCUAUUCCUGGAUUUGACUGUUGAUCGGGGUGCCUCUGUGCGUUCAUCGGUGAUAGUUCAAGACAGCAUGUGUGUGGAAGUGUACUUUGGUGAAACGCGCGUAGUGGUGCUUGAUGGUGUAAGUGUGCCUGCUCAGUUACAGGACUUGCGGCAACUAAGUGACAUCCUUCAUCAUGUUGAGUGUCUGCGCACUCCUCAUUCUUCCAACAAUUUUCAGUGGGCUCGUCAACUACUUGCGACUGUGAUGGCACUGUUGGAGGAGCUCAUAUGCAAUGAUCAGCAACAUAAGCUUCAUGGAUGGCCCCUGGAAAUUGUGAAGUUUAUAAAAUCCCAAGUGCAGCUCAUCCUUAAUAAUGCAGCGCGCUACCCGCCAGACCUGUUAGUAUUUGCAAGUCUCCUCUACACCAUUUCGCCGCAUGCAUACAGAUUCCUUAUAGGUUCACUGAAGGUAAAGUUGCCUCAUCCUGAAACAAUAAGACGUCUCUGCACCACUCAACAAAUAAGCCCAGCCAUGGAGCAGCAAGACUCUUAUUUUUUGUCAUAUGCUAAAAAGGUUGCUACUACAAUGAAAGAACAUGAAAAGAUAGUAACUUUAAUGAUGGAUGAAAUUCACAUUCAGUCAUACUUUGAUUUCAAAGCUGGGUCAAUAACAGGUGCAGCAGCCAACACUGCAAGCCCGGCUAAAACAGCAUAUGUCUUUAUGACCCAGAGUCUGCUUUCUAAUCACAAAGAUGUUGUGCAUAUUUUGCCAGUCGCUACAAUUGAUGCAAAAUGCUUGCAUGAUUUUUUGCGAAUGCUAGUUUUAAAGCUCGAGCAUAAUGGGUUUAAAGUGAUUGCUAUCAUCUCUGACAACAAUUCUAUCAACAGGAAAACAAUGUCGUUGUUUUCAAGCCCUCCAAGACUACAGAUAGUUUAUAAACAUCCAGCUGACCAAUCGCGACCUUUGUUUUUUGUCGUGGACCCUGUCCACUUAUUGAAAUGUAUCAGAAAUAACUGGUUAAAUCAGCGCAAUGCAGGAAGGUGCAUGUAUUUCCCAGAUCCAAAGAGUACAGAAGCCAAACCCAAGAUUUUAACCGCAUCGUUCAAGACUUUAUGUGAGCUGCAUGAGUCUGAACAAAGUGAGCUCUUGAAGAUGGCUCCGACAUUGUCAUUAAAGGCAUUAAAUCCUUCUAACAUGGAGAGACAAGAUGUAAAGUUGGCAUUGAGAAUCUUUAAUUCAUCAACUGUGGCAGCACUUCACAAUAGCAACCUUCAGCACGCUGACAGUACAGCUUUGUACAUAAACACGCUGCUAACAUGGUGGAAUAUUGUUAAUGUAAAGACACCACGAAAGGGCCAGAGGCUUUCAGAUGACCUGCAAAAGCCUAUAACCUCAACAUCUUGCCUCCAGUUACAGCAUUUGGAGAAAACAAUGCAGUGGCUAGACUACUGGGAAAGUUUGAAGCACGAUGCAGGACAUUUGACGAGGGAAACGCACUCAGCUUUCUGUCAUACAACUCACGCGCUCCACGAGAUUACUAUUUACUGCCUCAAAGAGCUUGGUAUGCAAUAUGUUUUGCUAGGCAAGUUUCAAACAGAUUGUCUCGAGGAUCGCUUUGGUCGUUACCGUCAGUUGUCUGGGGCCAACUAUCAUGUGUCAAUUAGACAGAUAUAUGAGUCUGAGACAAAGCUGCGGUUACAGAAAGUGCUCGAGCUGCCAGACGUUGACAUGGUGUGCGAUAUUCCUGUCAUUAGUGCCAGCUCACUGCUAAGCCAGUUUGACAUCACAGUUAAUGACAGUGAUAUUGAGAACAAAGUGACAAGGCUGCCCGCUGUGACAUAUGUUGCAGGUUACUGUGCUCACGCAGCUCUAAAGAAACUGUUGUGCCAAUCAUGCAAAGAAAACCUAGUAAUGGAUGUUGCAGAGAUAGACACUGCUAAAAAUGUCCUCAUUAUGAGCAUGACAAGGGGUGGGCUGAAGUUCCCACGUGAACUUGUUAUAAAUGCUGUGCUUACCAUGGAAAUAGUGCUCGAUAAGCUUAGGAGUCCACGCUUUGCAACUCAGUUCUUUGCUCUUCCUAAACAGAAAGAAGUGUUAGUGGCCCUUGUGUAUGACAUCCUCAGUGAUAAUGAUGACCUGGAUGUUUGUGUUGAUGGGCAUGCUCCUCAACAGGUCAUGCAUUACAUUUUAAGUGCAGCAGCAAACACCCUCCUAAACAACUUGUGCAAAACGGCUAACGACAAGAUGUCUGCCACAAAGGCAAAAACAUCAAAUGACAAGUUGCCUGCAACAAAGGCAAAGCGAAAACUUGAAACUGUUAAAAAUUGAAGUGUCCUUAUGCACUUUUGUUUCAACAGUAUUCUUUGUAAAUGAACUGCUUUUUUAUUUAUCGUUGUCAAGUGAAAUGAUCUGCAUCCUACCAUUUGUGAGAAGGCUGCCAAUCUUGUCAAUCUUGUUCUUUCUGUUCUGUACGGAAAUUGUGCACAUAUGUGUUCCGCAUGCUUGAAGCAGCAAUUCGUGCCAAAGCAUAAAGUGCAUUUCCAGAAAAGUUACUACAGCAACUUCCAGACGCUGAGCCACACAUGCACUUUUAUGCUGACUGUUAUGCUGCAUAUAAUAAACAAAUAUUACUACUGAGCAGAAA